ACGGGCCAAGAAGUUGCAGCAGGGGAGAUUCUCAACUCUCCGCUCCUUCCACAGACAAUGACAACCAGGGAGAGUUUAUAGCAAAAGCCGGCGAGUUGCCAUGAACUUUGCCGAGGGAGUUCUCUGCCACGUUUAUAUAACGUAAAAGACCUCGACAUAACACAUUGUCUUGUUGGGAGCAGUUGGAGAAGCCUAGAUCUCACUCUUUAUUUUGAGUUCUUACGCGCUAUGGAAUCAUCCCUGGAGUUCUCAAACUCUUUCACCAGUGUGUCUUCGCCCUCCGCGCGGUGUCGGAUCUUCAAGAUCAUCGUGAUCGGAGACUCCGGUGUCGGUAAGACCUGUCUCACCUACCGGUUCUGUGCCGGUGAGUUCCUCGACCGAACCGAAGCCACCAUCGGUGUCGAUUUCCGUGAGAGAUUGGUCGAGGUCGAAGGCGAGAAAAUCAAGCUCCAGCUAUGGGACACGGCGGGCCAGGAGCGUUUCAGGAAGUCGAUGGUCCAGCAGUACUAUCGGAACGUUCACGCUGUUCUCUUCAUCUACGACGUCACCAGACCAGACAGCUUCAGAGGCCUGCCAGCCUGGAUAGAGGAGUGUAGACGGUACUCACUGGGACAGGAGAUAACCAGGUUCCUCGUGGGCAAUAAGAGCGACCUCCGUGACACCUGCAGCUGUGACCCCCGCGCCAUCAAGGUGGAAGAUCAGGUGACACGAGAUCAAGCCCAGAAGUUUGCAGUUGCCCACGGGAUGAUUAUGUUUGAAACGUCUGCUAAAAGCCUCCCUGGAGGAGGAGUAGGAGGAGGAGGAGGAGAACCAGGAGGAGGAGGAGGAGAACCAGGAGGAGGAGGAGGAGAACCAGGAGGAGGAGGAGGAGAACCAGGAGGAGGAGGAGGAGGACCAGGAGGAGGAGGAGGACCAGGAGGAGGAGGAGGAGGAGGACCAGGAGGGGGGCAUCAGGACAGCGUGGAGGAUGUGUUCAUGGCCCUGGCCUCCAGGCUGAAGAGACAGACCAGACCACCUCCCCCGGUUCUCAACAACACAGGAGUGUCUGGCUCCUAUUGUGGGUCCUCUACAGGGACAUCUUCUUUCAGACUGCCAGCCAAGAAGAGCCCUCAGAAAGACUUCUGGACAUGCACCUGUUGAGAGAGGCAGGGUGAGGAGAGGGAUGGAACAUGGGGAGGGGGAACAGGGGAAUUUAGGGUGCCCACCAAGAACUUAGAGAAAGACUUCUGGACAUAUAAGGAAGGGAGAGGGGGAAGUCCUCUCUGAUCAAGCAUCUAUAUCAGUGGAGGCUGGUGAGGGGAGGACGGCUCAUAAUAAUGGCUCUAUUGCCUUCUAUAGCCUGCUCUCAGAUCUGUUGUCUCCUCCUUCUAUAGCCUGCUCUCAGAUCUGUUGUCUCCUUCUAUAGCCUGCUCUCAGAUCUGUUGUCUCCUCCUUCUAUAGCCUGCUCUCAGAUCUGUUGUCUCCUCCUUCUAUAGCCUGCUCUCAGAUCUGUUGUCUCCUUCUAUAGCCUGCUCUCAGAUCUGUUGUCUCCUCCUUCUAUAGCCUGCUCUCAGAUCUGUUGUCUCCUUCUAUAGCCUGCUCUCAGAUCUGUUGUCUCCUCCUUCUAUAGCCUGCUCUCAGAUCUGUUGUCUCCUUCUAUAGCCUGCUCUCAGAUCUGUUGUCUCCUUCUUCUAUAGCCUGCUCUCAGAUCUGUUGUCUCCUUCUUCUAUAGCCUGCUCUCAGAUCUGUUGUCUCCUUCUUCUAUAGCCUGCUCUCAGAUCUGUUGUCUCCUUCUAUAGCCUGCUCUCAGAUCUGUUGUCUCCUCCUUCUAUAGCCUGCUCUCAGAUCUGUUGUCUCCUUCUAUAGCCUGCUCUCAGAUCUGUUGUCUCCUCCUUCUAUAGCCUGCUCUCAGAUCUGUUGUCUCCUCCUUCUAUAGCCUGCUCUCAGAUCUGUUGUCUCCUUCUUCUAUAGCCUGCUCUCAGAUCUGUUGUCUCCUUCUUCUAUAGCCUGCUCUCAGAUCUGUUGUCUCCUUCUUCUAUAGCCUGCUCUCAGAUCUGUUGUCUCCUUCUAUAGCCUGCUCUCAGAUCUGUUGUCUCCUUCUAUAGCCUGCUCUCAGAUCUGUUGUCUCCUUCUAUAGCCUGCUCUCAGAUCUGUUGUCUCCUUCUAUAGCCUGCUCUCAGAUCUGUUGUCUCCUCCUUCUAUAGCCUGCUCUCAGAUCUGUUGUCUCCUCCUUCUAUAGCCUGCUCUCAGAUCUGUUGUCUCCUCCUUCUAUAGCCUGCUCUCAGAUCUGUUGUCUCCUCCUUCUAUAGCCUGCUCUCAGAUCUGUUGUCUCCUUCUAUAGCCUGCUCUCAGAUCUGUUUGUGCUCUUGCCAACUCCGUUGCCGUUAUAAUCAAGCCAUAAAUGUAAGACUGUAAAGCAUUAACCAAAGGGUCGUUCUACUAAUUCGGUGCCUUUUGAAAACGUUUGACUUCAUUUUAACAUUCUGUCAUAAAGAGGACAUGUUGAACUUCAUUAACUUCUACUAAGUCAACAGGUUAAAGACGAAAAUUACUAUAGCAAGUGCCAAAUAAUGUAACAGGGUUGACCGUAACGGGGUUGACCGUAACGGGGUUGACCGUAACGGGGUUGACGAUGUCCUCUUAAAUCAGCCAUGAAUCCCCUUGUGACAGGGGGAAUGGAAGCUUGUUACUGUAUGUGCAACAGGCUUCCCAAAACAUUUUUAAUUGUUAAAACAUUUUUAGACUGUCUGUUGUUUAACAGGAUGGAAUUGUUACGCUCAACCCGCUCAGUUUUACUCCACAAAACACCAGAACAUGGCCAGAAAGAAUAGAACCAGCUCACCUGUUUUGACAUUAUGAUUUGAAUACUAGAUCAAUACUAAUACUAAUGUUUCUUUGGGAAGAAAAAUUAAAAAUGGGAAUAUUUUCACCAUAUUAAAAUGAGAGUUCAAUUCACUUAACAGGGUUGACCUUAAAACAGAGGGACUGAAUCACUAAUCACAAUAAAAUAACUAGGGAUUUCCAAUGAUGGAGAAAUGUUGGGAUGAAGGGGGUCAAAUCUUCUUAGAAGUCAGAGAGGGUGCACAGAGGGACAUUUCAAAAUGCCGAAGUCUAUCCCCAUUAAAUCAUAUUUAUUGAAUUCUCCAUGUGGUCUAUAUUAAAUGGCACUAAAUAUAAUAGAACAGGCUUUUUUUUUUUAUUCAAUAUUGGUGCUCAAUUUAUCCCUAAAAUAUCAAAGGGAAAGCAAAAAGGCCCUCAUUUUGUGGAAUGACCCAAAAACAGUGGAGGCUCUUGGAUACACUCCCCUGGAAGUACUGCGUAAUGUGACUGUCUGAAUCUUGUGCAGUGGGUCGUCUUUUAUGUGUCUCGAUCUGUCCGUCUCUGCGUUGUGGUCAUUGUAUAGCAGGAAAGAUAUUACUGUACAUUUCCAUUCAUGAUGUGUGUAAAUGUUUUCCAUAUUCAAUAAAAAAUAAUCGAUGUUCUUCAAA